AUGGCGCCAGCUAAAAGCCAACGGAAGGGCAGCGUCGCCACCAAGAAGCCUUCGAAGACAAUUGGAGUGAAAAAGCCGAGGGCGGGCGAGCAUCCACGGCCAAAUCUAAGGACACAAAAAGGCAAAGCUAGAAGACCUUCUGUAUCUGAAGCGUCUGAAGCGUCUGAAGCAUCUGAGGGAUCUGAGGGAUCUGAGGGAUCUGAAGCAUCUGAGGGAUCUGAAGUAUCUGAGGGAUCUGAAGCAUCUGAGGGAUCUGAAGUAUCUGAGGGAUCUGAAGUACCAGGAGUAACUGGAACAUCCCGAGCGCAGACUCAGAGAAAACGGAAAGCUCCAGAAUCAGAAAUAGAGACGGGAAGAGGCACCAGAAGAAGUGGACGAGCUAAAAAGAAGCCAAAGCCAAACCCCGAAGAAGCGCCCAAGACUCCGCCUCCUGGUGGGGAGCCAGCAAUAACGGUAUCGCCUGACGGUAAAAAGGUCAGCCAUCCUAGACAGCUCAAGGACCCCGCGCCGUUCAAUCCUAUCCCUGAAAUCCAGGACACUCUCUUGCCAUGGCUCGCAAUGGGAUUUUCGCCUGUGUUCACGAAAGGGACCGCCCAAAACAAUUACUGUGGGAUCCAUGCCAUAGUGAACAGCUACACGACAGCGAUCACAGCUUUGAAUAUCCCCUGUAAUAAGGACGUGAAGACCAUUAACUUCAAGGCCUUCCAACUUCUGCUGAAGAGCAAGGAAUAUGUGAAUCUAGCCAAGGCACAGAUCAACAAAAUAUUCCCGGGUUUCGAGAACGGAAAUCGAGAGGAGAAACGAAUGUAUAAGGAGGCGCUAGGGGAACAAACGAAGACGAGCUAUUUGAGCGUUGAUCAAAUUGCCAGGCUGCUGACUGUAGCGAACAUGAAGUAUGGAACGGAAUUCGACCUAGCCUAUAUCACGCAAGGGUAUAGGGGCAAAUUGGACCCCGAUAGCGGGAAAUGGGAUAUGGCCUUCUGUCGGAAUACAACAGGUAACAGAAUGGGUAACGACAAUGACGAUAUAAAUCGACCUGUUAUUUUCAUCUGGAGUGAUGGUGGCUCAGAUCGAUGGGAGGCUUGGGGCGCCGAAGAAGGAGGGGGCCACUGGGAAAGCUUUGGAGCACCGACAAAGAAAGAAGACCGCGUCAGGGCAGCUCAUCGACAAACGGUCGCUGAUUGGAGACUGGGGCAAAUGAUAAGAGAAGAUGUUCAGAGAGGAGUCUGGACAGUUACAGAAACCGUCGGCCCAGAAGUAAAUCAUCUGGAUGUCAAGCCAGGCCAUUUCGUCCGAGAGGUAGCCCCGCCAGACGACAUAAUAAUUCCACCUGACUACAAAUACAUGAGAUUGUGCCGUACAUCGGAGGGUAAUCAAACUUGUGGUUUGGUACCAAACGCAAAACUCUGGAAGAUCGAACUGCAUCCUAGAGCUCCCAAGGCUGACGAACGGGACAAGGGAUUGGACGCAGGUCUGCUAGAAGAUAUUGAGAAAUUUAUUCAACACACAGGCCAGAGUCAGCAACUUGCACGGGAAAUGCUAGAAGAAUACGGCGAUUUAGCAAAAGCAGUGGCUGCGUUUUAUGCUUCGAUAUCGCCGGAGACGUCACCCCACAAACCCAAGCCCAAGCUUCCCAGGGCGCAAUUACAGAAAAGGUUCAUACCGGGCGUAGUCCCUUUCAAAGUAUAUCGAGGAAUAGAGGCAACUGAUAAAGUCGGAAACCCUUUCGACAUGGCCGAUAUCGAUGGCUUCCAAGUCGAUACUGGCGAGUUCAUACUCGGCAGCUCCCUAGGAACACUUCAACGCCCCAUGGUUACAGAUAUUUCAGGCGAUACAGGUGUGGCCCAUAUCCGCCGACUCCAGUGGAUCGAGAGACCCUGGGACUUACCAGAUGACUUGGUAUUGCCGAUAUUCCAUGACCCCAACCCAAAGAAUUUGGACGAAAUGACGUUAAAAGAACUUCAAGAUAGGAUAGAGGGUAUGGGAGGCAAGGUGACCCAAAAUAAAAGAACUCUCUUGAAAAACAUAAAGAAAUGGGAAGAUGAAAAUAUUAUCACGCUUCCAUUGUAUAGUGUAGCACGGAAAUACACUGCAGCAGCGGCUCAAUCGACAUCAGAUUUCCUCGAAGACGAGAUCGUGAGGGUCACAUCUCUGCAAAGCAAAAAUGACAAGUUGCCAGUUUGCGACUUUGAGGGCGUUACUGGGAUGAUCGCAAUCGAUCACCUUGUCCAAGUUAACGAUGCCUUUGGCCUCAAUCUUCGAAGGAAGGAUGUGGAUCCAGUGAUCAGGUUAGACUAA